CGUCCAGCUCACUCACUGUCACUCUCUCGCGCACUCUUUCUCUCUCUCUUCAUAAAACCGCAGGGACGUUCACUUCAUCGGUCUCUCUCUCUUUCGCGCGCGCGCGCUCUCGCUCAACCGCGUUUUUUCUUUCCUCACUAACGGCACGCGCAUCUGUCUUCGCUUCUGUACAGUACAGGAUGAACAAGAACGAGAGACUCCUCAGAGAGAGAGAGUAGAUGAGAAAACAAGGAACUAAUAUAAACAAAGGUGAAACGAGGAGGGGGAGAAGACUGAGGACGAGAGUUUGGCAUUUGGAUUUUACUAAUUUCAACCCGGCUUCCAUCUGUUUUGGCCCCGUGGACUCGUAGUUAAGGUGAUGAAUCUACUACCUGACUGACUUGCUUCGUAUCUCCAGCGAGGGGAGUGGAACAGUCCCAGACCACAAGCCUCCAUCUGUCUCUUCUGGAUUCGCGCUCCAGCUUGUGAGCAUCGGAGCCCUGGAUCUCUUGUCUCUCACCUCCCCUUUUUCCUCUGGACCUUGACGUGGGAACAGACCGUAACAGAUCGCCCAAUGCUGAGGAGGAACUGCCUGCUGCUGUUCCUGUGCUUCCUCUUUGAGCAGAGCUCCUGCGCUCCCUUCCAGAGCAGGCCAGGCCAAGAGUGGCCCCACAGCCCGACGGGGCCAGCGGCGGCAGGGAGGAAUGGAGGUUCCAGAGGAUUCCAGAGGGUCAAGAGGGGCUGGGUGUGGAACCAGUUCUUUGUGCUGGAGGAGUACAUGGGCUCCGACCCGCAGUAUGUUGGAAAGCUGCACACUGACUUGGAUAAAGGCGACAGCGCAGUGAAAUACACUCUGUCGGGUGACGGAGCUGGAACAAUCUUCACCAUCGACCAGACCACCGGAGACAUCCAUGCAUUACGCAGUCUGGACCGUGAGGAGAAGCCGUACUACACACUGAGAGCACAAGCGGUCGACAUCGACACCAACCGGCCACUCGAACCAGAGUCUGAGUUUGUUAUCAAAGUGCAGGACAUCAAUGACAAUGAGCCAAAGUUCCUGGAAGGACCCUACACGGCUAGUGUACCUGAGAUGUCGCCUGUGGGUACGUAUGUGAUGAAGGUGACAGCAACAGACGCAGAUGACCCUACAUAUGGAAAUAGUGCCAGAGUCGUGUACAGCAUUUUGCACGGCCAGCCGUAUUUCUCUGUGGACCCCAAAACAGGAGUGAUCCGGACAGCUCUUCCUAACAUGGACCGUGAGGUGAAGGAGCUCUAUCAGGUUCUCAUCCAGGCCAAAGACAUGGGCGGGCAGUUGGGGGGUCUGGCAGGGACCACCACCAUCAACAUCACUCUGAGUGACGUCAACGACAACCCACCAAGGUUUUCUAAAAGCAUCUUCCACCUGCGUGUACCGGAGUCAUCAGCAGUCGGCUCAGCGGUUGGCAGAAUCAAAGCUCAUGAUCUGGACAUUGGGAAGAAUGCGGAGGUCGAAUACAACAUCGUCCCUGGGGAUGGAGGAGCCAUGUUUGAUAUCACCACCAACGAGCACAAUCAAGAGGGGAUCAUCAUGCUCAAAAAGCCAUUGGACUAUGAGACCAAAAAGGCAUACACAUUCAAAGUGGAGGCCUCGAAUGCACACCUGGAUCCACGUUUCCACAGUUUUGGCCCAUUUAAAGACACCGCAACAGUGAAGAUUAACGUUCUGGAUGUGGAUGAGCCUCCCGUCUUCAGCAAACCCUCCUACGCAAUGGAUGUUUAUGAGGACACACCACAAGGCACCAUUAUAGGAGCCGUUACUGCACAGGAUCUCGACGCAGGAAACAGUCCAGUCAGGUACUCCAUAGACUGGAAGAGUGAUCUGGACAGCUUCUUCGACAUCGAUCCUGUGAGAGGAACCAUCUCCACCAAUGAGCUUCUGGACAGGGAGAGUAUAGCGCAGCACAACAUUUCAGUCGUGGCCACUAAAGUUAAUAACCCGGUGUUGACCAGUCGAGUGGCCGUCUCAGUUCAUGUGCUGGACAUUAAUGAGUUUCCUCCAGAGCUGGCCAUGCCGUAUGAGACCUUCGUGUGCGAGAGCGCUAAAGUCGGCCAGUUGAUUCAGAUCAUCAGUGCAAAGGACGAGGAUCUUCCCCAAGCUGGACAAAGAUUUUCCUUCAGAUCCCCUCAAGAAGGAGUGAAGACCAAAAACUUCACCAUUAGAGACUUCGGCAAUAACACAGCUGGAGUGGUGACUCUGCGCAGCGGCUUCAAGCGGCGUUCUCAGGAGAUCUACCAUCUUCCAGUCGUGAUAGAAGACGGAGGCCUGCAGACACUGAGCAGCACCAGCACCCUCACCAUCCGCGUGUGUGGCUGUGACACCGAUGGAUCUUUAUUAACCUGCAGCGCUGAAGCCAUUUUCCUCCCAGUAGGCCUCAGUACCGGAGCCCUGAUCGCUAUUCUGGUGUGCAUCAUCAUACUGCUGGUGAUCGUGGUGCUCUACGUGGGGGUUCGGCGGCAGAAGAAGAAAGAGACACUCAUGACGUCUAAAGAAGACAUCCGUGACAAUGUCAUCCAUUACGAUGAUGAAGGAGGAGGCGAAGAGGACACGCACGCUUUCGACAUGGGCACCCUCCGCAACCCCAAAGUCAUCAAGGAAAACCUGUUUCGUCGAGAUGUCAAGCCAGAGCUGGGGUUGUGUCCGCGGCGGCCGAUCGGCUCGCAGAACAGCAACGACAUCAGCAACUUCAUCAGUCAGCGUCUGCAGGAGCACGAUGGAGACACUUCCGCACCACCAUAUGAUUCGCUGGCCACUUACGCCUAUGAGGGCGAGGGUUCGGUGGCCGAAAGUUUGAGUUCCAUAGAGUCCAUAAAAGGGGAAACAGAAGAGGACUAUGAUUACCUCAACGAGUGGGGGCCUCGCUUCAAAACCCUCGCAGGGAUAUUCGGAGAACGAUCAGAGAGCCAAUCAGACGUAACAUCCAGCUCCGCCACCGAAAACAAACACUGAUGUUGCUUUAUUUUUUUUAUUUAUUUAUUUUGAUGAAUGCUUUGAGACAAACAUAGACGUGCGUUCAACGUUUUGAAUUGAUUAUUAUUUUGUAGUUCCUCUGUUUGUUUUGAGAGGGGAGGGGUGUAGUUUGCCUUGAUUUCAUACUCAAAACACAGGAGGAUAAAGGAAGCCAGAAUUGGAAAAAACGAAAAAAAAAAUGCAGCUUUUGGAUUAUCUGUAAAUGAAUGUUGGAGAUAUUUUGGUCGUAUUUAUUCAGCUUUGCUUUUCACACACAAACAGACACAAAAAAUGAACCACACAGAAGAUGCAAAUUUUUUCUGACAUCCUUAAAAAGUGCCUCAAUGGAGUUGGUUUGUUAAUUCUUCUUUUUUUACGGUUUAGCUUUGUUUCGUCACCCUUCUUAAAGAUGAAUGGCGUCGCAAACCACAGCUGACCGUGACCUGGAUUCCUGGCUUCGGUGGAUGGGCUUUUGAGAGGAAAUGUCUUCAUGGGCCUCGUUUGGCCAAAGAAAUUAGUUUUUAUGUUAUUUAUGAUUCUAUUUAUUUAUUUGUGAGGCUGUCGAGACGAGUUGUAACGUUUUAUUAUGUAUUUAUCUAUUUAUCAUGAUUUCAAAUCGAAUUUCUUAUUUUUUUGAAGGAUUUUCUUAAUUAUUUGCUCCUCGUGAGGACAUGGACGUCAUAGUCCCAAGAGGAACUUGUAUGGACUUGUACUUGUUGUAAAAAAUGAACUUUAGGGCUAAACGAGCUAUUACAGUUGAGUCCUGUAAUAAAAACACAGUUUUCUUAAAUAAACACCA